AUGGCACAUCCAGGCAGUUCACACUAUGUGUCAAUCGAGCCGACACUGAAAAAACUGGCUCAACAGUCAGAUGCAUCAGACCCAGGCUUGGCCGCCGAGAUCGCCAACGCCCUGUCAUUGCUCCUGGAUGAGAAGCUUAGUGAACUACAAGCUGCUGCUCUUCUGGCUUUACUGCAUCACCGAAAUAAAGACAAAGAUGUGAACGUAAUUUCAGAGUGGUCAUUCUGGACCGGAACAAAACGUGCGGACAAUAUCUGGGCGGACUGGCAAUGUGAUAUUUCAGGAACAGGAGGAAAUGCGGCCGCGAUCAUUUCCGUGGCUGCCGUGGCGUCAGUCCUCGCAUCGUCGAUGCUCCUCAUCGCCCAGCAUGGCUACUUGAGCGCGACAUCUCCAACCUCUUCGGCUAACACUGAGGACAUCCUCUCAAACAUCAAACCAAACGCUCCGCUCCUGGCCAAGGUCACGGCGGAACGAGUCCCCGAAAUCUACAAACGCAGCAACUAUGCGUUUCUCCCAGAGCGCAAUUUUGCUCCGGAAAUGCAACACGCCAAUCGCAUUCGGCUGGGACUGGGGAUCAGGACGAUAUUUGACCUAACGAGCACAUUGCUACAUCCCAUCCAUGCCAGCUGCGUCUUGGAGGCCCGGGUGGUCGGUGUGGCGAAUCCAGUCCUCGGCCCUGUUUUGGCACAGGCUAUCCAAAACAUGGGGGUCAGGAAAGCCCUCGUCGUCUGUGGGAAUGACUCAAUGGAUAUUAUCAGUCCGGAGGGUUCAACCUCGUGCUGGAUGGUCAGGGAUCUACCCGCUGAGGACAACGGUUCAGGGAUACAGGAGUUUCGCCUGCAGCCCAGGGACUUUGGGCUGUCGGAAAAUCCACUGACCAGCAUUGAGGCGAAAGGUAGUUUUGACCAGGAGGCUGUUGUUCUUUCUCGGGUUUUGCAUAAUCAGUUGUCUGACGAUGACCCUGUUUUGCAAUGUGUGCUCAUGCAUAUUGCCGCGCUUUUUGUUACCUCUGGAAUUUGUGAUACAUCUCAGGAGGAUGCCAACGCAGAGAGGGGCCCCGGUGGCGGUCGAUGGAAGGAAGGUGUCCGUCUCGCAAGGUCUUGUAUCGCGAGUGGUGAGGCCCUGAAGGCCUUGGAAACCUUUGCCUACGUGUCUAGCCAGUUAGAUUAA